CCGGGAGGUGGAGGGCCACCAGGAACACCUAUCAUGCCUAGUCCUGCAGAUUCAACCAACUCUGGAGACAACAUGUACACUUUAAUGAAUGCAGUACCACCUGGACCCAACAGACCUAAUUUUCCAAUGGGGCCAGGGUCAGAUGGACCUAUGAGUGGACUGGGUGGAAUGGAUUCACAUCAUAUGAAUGGAUCAUUAGGCUCAGGAGACAUGGACAGUAUUUCCAAAAACUCUCCCAGUAAUAUGAGCAUGAGUAAUCAGCCUGGCACUCCCAGGGAUGACGGUGAGAUGGGUGGAAACUUCCUAAACCCUUUUCAGAGUGAGAGCUACUCCCCUAGCAUGACAAUGAGUGUGUGAUCCGUUAACAAGUCUCGCCAUGAAGACCACAGUGAGUUGGCCCUCUUCAGAGAGCUACUGCAGAAGAAAAUUAUUCGUCCCAGUGUACAGUUUAACAAAAGGAUCUCAGAUACAAUCAGACCCACCAUUUUUUUUUCUACCAUCUCCCCCCUUUGGUCAAGACAGUGGGUCCCAAACAUGAUUGAGGCAACUGUAAAGAGUGGCGUAACAGAACCGCCCAAGAUGGAACUGCAAACAAUUAUCUGUGUAUGUACAUGUGUGGGUUAAUGUAUAUGUAUGUGUGUGUGAUAUAGAAAUACACACAUACAUAUAUAGACCUGCAGGACAUUGUAAAAUAUUAUCACAUGACAUCUUAAGUAGAAAUGAGAAGUAGGGACUUUUAUUCCAUCUUUUUUUUUUCCACGUUUACAUUUUAAUUAUUAAAAUUUGCUUUCCCUCUCCCCUCCUGAACUGUUUUAUGUUGCAUAUAUCACUGCUUUAUAAGUUAUUUUUUAAGGUGAACUCAAAUGAUAAAUUCUUCUGAUUUUGUAAAUGUCUGCCAUUAUGGAUAGGAAUAAAAUUGCUUAUAAGAGCUUUCAUUAACUUGUGUUUGAUACCAGUUACCCUGUGAAUCACAAAUUGUACUGUCUCAAGAAAUAGAAGAAAGCUCAUCUUAAUUUUUGGAGAAAUUUAAUAAUUUUCACCUACUUGGUGAUUUUUUUUUAUACUUUGCCUUUAAAAAAAGAAGCACUGAAGGUUAUUUUUCUUCUUUAAUUGAAGCCUAAUAUCUGCAAUACCUAUUUUAAAUGGAAGCCUGAAUUUGAUGCAAGCUUCUCAGUUUAUAUAGAGUGCUAUAAGGUUACUGUAAGUG